GCUGGACUGAACGACACUGACCGCACAUUGAAUAUGAAACAUGUUUCGACGGUUUGAGUUCUUUCAACACCACCUAGCGGAAUAUGGAUCCUCCAUCGGUGGCUGCUCCUAACAACGCUGAUAAUACUUUAAAUAAAUCGUCUUUGAUUGGGACAAACAUCAAAUUGAUGGAAGAAUUAAACAAAAGAAAAGUUAAAAUAAGAAGAUUGGAAAGAUCAAUAAAACAUAAAGAUCAACAAAUUUUGUCUCUUAGAAAAUAUAUUUUACAGAUGAAAAAAGAACAUUCCAUGCCUGACGACGAUAUAUUAUUAGAUACAUUCGAAAAUAUGAAUGUCGACGAAGAAAUUAUUGAUCCUCAUGGGAUGAUGUAUAGUAUUACACCAGAAGACUCGGGAAUAAAAAAGUAAAGAAAAAAAAAUGCUGCUGCAUG